CAGCUUCAGCUUGUCGUUUUCUCUCGCGACUACAACGAGGACCUGUGGCUCUACUGGUAGGACACACGAGACUAAAACACCUCAUGGCGUCUAUGGCGACCGGGAAACUGGACACUCAGACGUUCAAGGCUCUACUGACGCCCGAUCUCCUGCUACUUGAGUCCAUAUUCCGGAAAAGUGGCUACGGUUUUCGUCUCGUGGGUGGAGUGGUGAGAGACCUACUGCUGGACAAGAGACCCAAAGAUAUAGACAUAGCGACGGAGUGCAGACCCGACGUCAUGAUGAGACUAUUCGAGGCAAACGGCAUCAGAUACAUCCCGACGGGGCUCCAGCACGGCACGGUGACGGCUCACAUCGACCAUCGAAACUACGAGAUCACGACGCUGCGGCUAGACCGGGUGACUGACGGCAGACACGCGGUGGUGGAGUUCACGAAGGACUGGAGAGAAGAUGCAGAGAGGAGAGAUCUCACCAUCAAUGCCAUGAGUCUGGAUCUCCAGGGGAACCUCUACGACUAUUUUAGCGGAGAGCAACACCUCGCUGAGAAGAAAGUGGUGUUUGUUGGAGAUGCUCGCAAGAGAAUAUGCGAAGACUUUCUCCGGAUUCUGCGAUAUUUCAGGUUCUACGGUCGUAUUUCCCCCUCACCUGACCGCCACGACCCCGCCACACUGGAGGCAAUCAGAGAGACGGCUGAGGGGCUGACGGCCAUCUCUGCAGAGAGAAUCUGGAUGGAGAUGGCAAAGAUUCUGCAGGGAAGCCACGCCCUCAUCUUCUCCGCACCAUGUACGAUCUCCAGGUGGCCAGACACAUUGGUCUUCCAGAGUGCGGUGAUCUGACAGAGUUUGAGAACGUGUGGUCGGUGAUGAAGAGGAUAGAUGGAGGAACACUGCAGCCAGUGUCUCUGCUGAUGACCCUGGUGUCGUCCUCUGAAGAGGCCCAUCUUCUUGCGCACAGGUGGAAACUCUCCAACAGUGAGAGGAAGCUGGGAGUGUUUGUCGUGGAUCACCGAGCUCUGGGCUACAGACAAGACCUGCACAUAAAGACAUGUCAAGAUCUGCUGGUGGACGGAGUUCCGUGCAGCUCUGUGGUGGAGAUGCGGCAACUACUCAUACUUCCUGCAAUAGACUGAGCUGGCUUAGGCAGUAUGGGAGCAGUUGGAAGGCCCUCCUAAGUUCCCAGUCAAUGGGAGAGAGAGAUCUGCAGUUCCCUGUGCAGGGUUCAAGGCCGCGUCCAGGAGCUGGGAGGAUGUAUAGACUGCUCCAGAGGGCCACGUGAAGGAGAGCGGGAGCUUCACUACUACUCAGCAGAGAGGAUCUUUUAGAGACCGCACUCCAGAGACCAGACAUAAACACUGACACUCACAUUUUCAUUCUCUCUUUGCUGCAUCUGAAUUUAUACUCAGUGCAUGUGUCUCAUUUUGG